UGUUAGACUUUUGAUGGUUAUACUUUUUCCCAAAAAAAUGUUUCGAUUUGCCGUGUUGAUUUUGAGUAUAGUUGCGUGUGCCCAUGAGUCGAUGGAAAAGGAGAUAAUUUUCAAAGAUGAUUCAAAUAAUCCAAAACUUAGUGCAGUUCAAUCAGUACAAAGAAUAUCGAUUCAAUAUUCCGUGGGCACUCGAGUCAAGGGCGAUCGAGUUGUGAGUAAAUGGGAUGAACAACAUCAAUGGACAAAGCCGCAUCACUUUAUCAAACGGCAAUAUUAUCCGGAAGAUGGAAAUGGUGCUAAUAUCACUUUUGUACAAAUAACCGCAAAACAGGAUUCAAUUCGUAGUUUUAGUUAUGUGGAUGAUGGUGGGAUUGGCAAAAAAUUCAUUUGCAUUAUCUUUGAAGCUUUUGAUGUACUCUUUUUGGAGUAUUCUAUCGAAAUCUAUGGUAUUUAAAUUAGAACCCAAUUUGUUAUCAUCUGCCACAAAUGUUGGAUAUCAAUUAUUUACGCUUUUUCAUUGAAUAACCAAGACAAGAAGAUUAAAAAUGAACUUUAUCAAAUAAAAAGCAAUACUUUGAUGUUAUCUUGCAAAUUGCAUACAUAUGGUAUAGCACAACGUUAUAUCAUAUUACUGAAAGAACCGCACUUCUUGCAGAAUUGCAAUGCUUUACAGAUAAUAAACAUGAUAAGAAAAUUGUAAACUGCAACACAAAUAAAAUGCUGUCCAAUUUUUUUAUUGCUCAAUUUU